UCAAAGUUCAAACCUCAAGCAUUGAGGUUGAAUUGAACCCCCCUCCCCAAAAAAAACCUCAAGCAUAAAGAAAAUAACAGGAAAGGAAAAAAAUAAAAUUCAAAUCCUCGAUUUUAUCGAAGCCUCACCGGAGAUGGCUACACCACCAUCUCCGUCACCGACGUCGCCGCCUUCCACUCCCAACACUACUUCUUCUCCUCCUUCUCCUUCCCUUUCGCCGCCAGUUACUAAUACUUCAACCCCUGUGUCGCCUCCGCCUCCGGUGGCUGAUUCUCCGAAUGCUACGCUACCUCCGCCGCCUUCGCCCAGUGGGGGCUUGCCGCCUGGGACAUUAGCGGGGCUUAUCGUUGGGGCAGGGAUGGGAGCGUUAAUUGUGCUGAUUGGAGUGGGCAUUUUCGUGAUUUUCUAUAGGAGGAGAAAGAAGAAGCUUGCUGGAGCUCAUCCUCAAGGAGUUGAUCCUCAACAUUGGCAGCAGAGUGUUCCUCAAAUUGCUGUUCUGCCGAAACCUACUACGCCGCCAGGAAUCACACCACAUGUUUAUAAUUAUGUUGACCCUCCUUCAACAAGUACUAGUUUGGGCUCAGAAAAGCCAUCUAAUCCAUCACCUUCCUCAGGAUUGGCCAUGGGACGGUCAUUGGGCACAUUUACUUAUGAAGAUUUAGCAUUGGCAACGGAUAAUUUCUCCGAUUCUAAUCUCAUUGGUCAAGGAGGUUUUGGUUAUGUCCACAAGGGAGUGCUAAAAGAUGGGAAAGUAGUUGCAAUUAAGCAGUUAAAAGCUGGAAGUGGACAGGGUGAGCGCGAGUUUCAAGCAGAGGUUGACAUCAUUAGCUGUGUUCAUCAUAGACAUCUUGUUUCACUAGUUGGAUACUGCAUUAUUGGCGAAAAGAGGUUGCUUGUUUAUGAAUUUGUCCCAAACAACACGUUAGAAUUUCAUUUACACGGAAAAGAGAGGCCAGUUAUGAACUGGUCAACCAGAAUGAAAAUUGCUUUUGGUGCAGCCAAAGGAUUGGCAUAUUUGCAUGAGGACUGUAAACCCAAGAUCAUACAUCGCGAUAUCAAGGCAGCUAAUAUUCUUCUUGAUGAAAGCUUUGAGGCAAGGGUUGCAGAUUUUGGUCUUGCAAAGUCUUCUUUAGAUACUGAUACACAUGUAUCCACUCGUGUGAUGGGAACUUUUGGUUAUAUGGCUCCAGAGUACGCCUCUAGCGGGAAGCUCACUGAGAAGUCGGAUGUUUUCUCCUUUGGGGUUGUGCUUCUGGAGUUGAUUACUGGACGCCGCCCCGUUGAUAAGACUCAGCCAUUCUUUGAUGAUAGCAUAGUUGAUUGGGCAAGGCCUUUGCUCUCACAGGCUUUGGAACAUGGGAAUUUUGAUGCAUUUGUGGAUUCAAGGUUACAGAAGGACUAUGAUUCCGAUGAAAUGACCCGAAUGGUGGCUUGUGCUGCAGCCUGCGUGCGUCAUUCAGCAAGGAAUCGCCCACGGAUGAGCCAGGUACUUCGAGUCCUGGAAGGAAAUAUGCCUCUGGAUAAUUUGAACGAAGGAAUCACUCCUGGGCACAGCAGGGUGUUCGGUUCCUUUGAAAGUUCUGAUUACAGCUCAGCCCAAUACAAGGAAGAUAUGAAGAAGUUCAGGAAGAUAGCACUGGAAAGCCAAGAGCUUCCCAGCAGUGAAUACAGUGUAGUCACCAGUGAUUAUGGUGUUAACCCAUCUAGCUCCAGCACUGAAGGGCAACAAAGCACCCAAAUUGAAACAUCAAAAGGGGAGAAAGAAACCAAAGAUGUAAGUGGAAGCUCGUAACAAAAUCUACCACGAAAUUUGCUCGGACAACAGUAAAAAUUCUUUUUCCACCCAGUUUUAUAUUCACCAUUGUAUUGCCUCAUUUGCAACUAGAGGGCAUCACUUCUAAAGCAAAUCUGAGAUUUCUGCUAUCCGAAAUAUGGCAGCAAACAAUGGAAUUGGGUGGAUUUUUGUCAAUUCCAUCGAUUUCAAAGUAUUAUUUGAUUGGUUAGAGUUGUAAAAACCUCUAUUGCAUGUAUAUUUAAUGUAGCUCACGGCUAGUAAGUUGAGUGCUGUAUCAAACUCUAUAGAGGAUGUUCAAUGAAAUUACUCCUGUGCUUCACUA